CUCCCUGUUGCCCAUGGUUACCGAUGAGCCCCAGAGGGAAGCAGAGGAUGCUGGGAUGCCUGAGGCCCCAAGUGGGAGGAGCUCUGCUCUGGAGGCGGUCCGCUCCUCUUUAUGCCCCGCCCACCGCUCUCUGCUCCAGCGAAUCCUGAGGCUCGCCCACCAGCAGCACCGCCAAUCAUUGGCCUACAGGGACGCCCAUCGCCGCCUCGUCCCGCCCCCAGACCCUCUCUGCGGCCACCUGGUGGCCAAACAACAGAAGGACACUUCCUCUCCUCCUCCUUCCUUCCCCUUUACUGACUGUGGGAGCCAUAGUGCCGCUGGCGCCUCACAUCAGCAGACUGACUGGAAGACACCAGCUGGUCCAGGCUGUUGCUGUGUGCAGCGCUGCAGGCUGCCUCCAGUCUGUUACUGCCUCAAGAGCCUCCACUGCCUGUGUUGCCAGAGCCUAGCCCUGGGACACAUUACCACUGGAGUCCACUCCUCCUCCUCCACCACAUCCUCUUCUCUCUGCACUUUCACCUCCUCCCCCUCGCUUUCAUCCUCCGCUCUGUGCCCUAACCCCUCCGCUCUGUGCCCUAACCCCUCCGCUCUGUGCCCUAACCCCUCUGUCUGCUGCUCCCACCCCAACCCCCAGCCCUGCUCCCACCCCAACCCCCAGCCCUGCUCCCACCCCAACCCCCAGCCCUGCUCCCACCCCAACCCCCAGCCCUGCUCCCACCCCAACCCCCAGCCCUGCUCCCACCCCAACCCCCAGCCCCGCUCCCUCCCCAACCCCCGAUCCUGCACCUCUUGCUGCCCAGAACACACCUACCUGGCCCCGGUCAGACCCACAGCCCAGGGAGGAGGAGGAGGAAGCGAGUGCCCUGUCCUCAAGAGAGAGCGAUCCCGCAGCCGCUCUCCUCCUCCUCUCUCCCCCAUCCCCUCAGACAUGGACGGGAAGGAGGAAGACAAGCCUCCCUCUCUUCUGCAGGAGGAGGAGAAAGAGGAGGAGGAGGAGGGGUGCAGUGGGGAGCAACAGGACCUGGUGGAGCGCUUCAGUGACAAACUAAAGACAAUCAGACCCCAGGAGAAGGACCCGCCCCUCAGCUCUGCCUUAGCCAAUCACAACCUAGAAAAUGAUCCCCACCUGACGACCUCGGCCAAUCAGCACAUAGCGGAGUCUCAGGCCGACGCCCACCUGAGUGAGAUCAUCACCACCGUUCUGAACACGGGUGGCGGCAGCGACUACAGCCUAAACGACCUGUUGCAUCGCCAUGACAACAACGAGAGCCGGCCACCCCAGACGCGUUCCCGGCGGCGACAGGAGGCCCUGGCUGCCAUGACGACUUUGCCCGACCAGCCGUCCACCCGGCGACAGACCGUGCUAAUCAAACGGGAGCUGGCCAGGCUGAACCAAUCGCUGUGCAGGAGGAGGCCGUCGCUAGGGAAGAACAAGAGCCGCAGUGCCACGCCCUCUUCUACCUGCUCCUCACCUGAACCAACCCCUUUUAUACCUGAACCAACCCUCGUUACAGCAGAGGUGGAGGGAGAGAUGGAGAGGGUGAAGGAGGGAGAGAUGGAGAGGGUGAAGGAGGGAGAGAUGGAGAGGGUGAAGGAGGGAGGAGAGAUGGAGAGGGUGAAGGAGGGAGAGAUGGAGAGGUUGAAGGGGGAGAGAUGGAGGGGUGAAGGGGGAGAGAUGGAAGAAGGGUGAAGGGGGGAAAGAUGGAGAGGGUGAAGGGGGGAGAAAGAGGAGGGGGGAAGGGGAGAGAGAUGGAAAGAGGGGUUGAAGGAGGGAGAGAUGGAGAGGGUGAAGGAGGGGAGAUGGAGAGGGUGAAGGAGGGAGAGAUGGAGAGGGUGAUGAGGAGGGAGAGAUGGAGAGGGUUGAGGAGAGAGAGAGGGUGAGGGGAGAGAUGGAGAGAUGGGAGGGUGAAGGAGGGAGAGAUGGAGAGGGUGAAGGAGGGAGAGAUGGAGAGGGUGAAGGAGGGAGAGAUGGAGAGGGUGAAGGAGGGAGAGAUGGAGAGGGUGAGGGAGAGAGAGAUGGAGAGGGUGAAGGAGGGAGAGAUGGAGAGGGUGAAGGAGGGUGAGAUGGAGAGGGUGAAGGAGGGAGAGAUGGAGAGGGUGAAGGAGGGAGAGAUGGAGAGGGUGACAGAGGAGGCAGGUCCAGUGAGAGUUACGAAGGACAGAGUCAGCGUGAAGGAGGAGACGAAGGACAAACCCCCAGUCCUCUCCUCUACACAACAGAGUCACCCACAGGAGGACAAACACAAACCUGACAGCUGGAAGGUCACCUGUCAGGAAAGCAAUAGGAGUGACCUCUCUGAGAAGAAGAGGAGAGAGGAGGUGAAACCAGGUAGUACCGGCAGCGCCUGUGACCAUGGCAGUGGUCUUCCUGAGAGGAGUAGCGAGGAAGAGGAGACACCAGAAACAGCAGGCUGCAGCAAGGACAGUAGCAGGGUGUCAGCCAGGAGUAGCCCUUCCUCCCCCUGCAGAACCAGGAGAGGCAGGAGAUCCCAGCCAGGAAGCAGCAAGGUGGUGGAGAGGAGCAGCGAGGCUGGGAGGUCCGGGAGGAGGAACAUCGUCCCUCCCCAGCGGUUCUCCUCCUACGUCACAGAGCCCAGGAAGAUGUAUUUCGCUGCCUGUUUCUCAGAGAGAAUCUUCUCCGCCCAGAGGACGCCAAAGGACCGGCCUAAAUGCCCCCACCACCAAUCACACAGACUCCCCAUCCUUGGCCACAGACACGGCUGAGGGGUCGGGCGAAGCAAGAGAAGAGGAAUUACUGCUGGCAUCCACUCCUGAGGUUGUCAGUCGGGAGAGGAGGGGAGGCAGAGGCUGUGGAUCAACAGCAGGAGGUCAGAGUUCAGACAGUGAGUCACAAAGACGGGGUCAGGUGAUUCCCGUCACUGCAGCUUCCUCCGAGCAGCAGAGUCCCCCUAAACACCGCUCCCAGAACAGGGCAGACGUCAGGCUCAGCGCUGCCAGACCUUACGUGCGCUUACGCUCCGCCCCAGCCCAACCCCAGGGUCAGGACCCCGACUCCCAGUCCCAACCAGAGAGCCCUCAGACAGCCUCCAGGCCAGAGGGUGAGGUCCCCACAGAGCAGCCUCAGUACACCAGCCCCAUCAAGCUGAUGUUUGUCUCUGCAGUAGUGGGUGAGGAGGGGGUGAGGUACACCCUGAAGGCGGCUGCACCGGGAUCCAGCUGGUAUGGACAGGAGACCUUUGACCCCUGUGAGGAGUCAUCAUGGGCUGGAACCCCGGAGAAGACCCCAGAGAAGACCCACAAUCCACCUAAAACCAAGAGUCCCCUCCAGACCAAGAGUCCACCCAAAACCAGGAGUCCACCCAAGGACACCGUAUCGUCAUCACCAAAGCUGUGUGGAGCGAGAGGAGGAGAGGGGGGUAGCCCGCCCAAACGCUCCCCCGGGUCCCUGAACGGAGACGGCCCGCCGCCUAUCCGUGAAACCACCCCCCCGAAGAGACGUCCGGGACGGCCCAAGAAGCUGGGCCCCCAGCUGGAGAAGAGGGCCAAGAGGCCGAUCGGCCGCCCGCCCAAGCAAAGGGGUGUGGAGCUGAGCUGUGGCUCCAGGCAGGGUGGUCAGGACCGGUCCAGUGGAUUAGGCUGCAGCACCGGGGAGGGGAGCAGCGCUGUCCCAGGCUGCCAGGAGACAGACCCAGCUAACAGGAACCUGAAGAUCACCGUGGUGUACGGACGCUCCCACAGGACCAAGAGGACCGUGUCAGAGGAGGCUGCUUGUCUCCAGGCUACAGUGAAGCUGAUGGAUCUAAACUUCGUCAGACCGGUGAAGGAGAGGAGGUUCGCCAGCAACAGCAGCAGCAACAUCAAGUGCCAGAAGCUGCAGUGUGCCGCGGCCAUGCGUCGCCCAGGGAGACCCGCCAAGGUCAAGAUCUCCGGAAUCUCCGUUACCGUCACCACCGUGUCGCCGCGGCAACGCAAGAUCCACAUGAACCGGGACACCGCCAGGAAAUCUCCGGAGAUGCUCUGUCGGCGGAAAGCCCUCCUUCCUGAACCCCAGCCUUCCAAAGAGCUCAGGAAAAUCGGCAGCACUCCGACUAGCGAGGACGCCACUCAGAUGCAGACAGAGAGAACGACAAAGUCCAAGGAUGGAGAGCGGGAGCGACAGAUCCAGACUCCUCCUCUGUUAGCGGUGCGUCACUCUGUGAGGGUGAGGAAGCCAUCAGUGUACCUGCUUCACUCUGUAGCCACCUCCACCUCUAGGUCCCUGAGCCACAGUACCGCCCUGCUGCGCCGAUCCAGACAGCUACUGAUCAACAGGGCCAGCAGCAAGGGCAGCCAGCGCAGGAGGAAGGAGGAGGAGGAGGGGGGAGGAGGAGAGGACACCCCAGGGCAGGAGGAGCUGCUCUCUGGGAGGGAGGAGAGGAGGAGCGAGGGAAGAGGAGGGGUGUUGCGUGAGGACCUGAGCCAUGUGGCGGGGGUUUCGGUAGACUCCAUCUUCCCAGCCUGCUCCAGCGAGGCGUUGAGGUGGUGGCCCGUCUCCUCCGACCAGGACAGCCUGAACCAGGAGCUGGCUCGCAGGAUCCGCCUCAUAUCCCACAGCUGGGUCUCCUCCGCUACCGCCCACACCACCAGGACGGGGACGACCAUGUCCGCCAAGCAGAGACUCAACGACGACGACUCCUCGCCCUCCUGGAAGCCAGAGGUGGGGUCGGCGGUGCGGAUGCUGUUUGACCGGCGCUGCAGCGUGGAGAGGCUGGCCUCCUGGUUCAUGCAGACCACUGAGACUCAGUCUCUGGGCAUCGUGAAGAAGACUAGCUCCCGAAACCCCUACGAGCUCCUGCACUACCCACGGGCCGCCAGCAGGGGGAGCGUCUUUCCCAGCCCGCAGACCGCGCGACUACGCAAACACAUCAAGAAGUUUGCCAAAGCUGUGCCAAAGAGCCCCGCCCAGCUCCGUCUGGCCCAGGAGCGGCUCCAACGUGGAAACGAGCUGAACGCCAGGCGGCGUCUGUUCACUGCGAGGCCGGCGCCGGGAGGGCUGCGUAUCCGAGCUCCAUGGAGGAAGGUCCGGGCCCUCGGGAUGUACAGAACCACUCUGCUCAGAAUCAGAGACAAGUUCCUCACCAGGACCCUCAGAGCCAAGCGGCCCAACAGGCUGAGGUACAGCCAGGCGGUCUGGAGGAGGAGGAGGAGGCCGGUGGAGGUAGGCAGCUCACCUGGCCAGGUACGGCCCUCUGCUCAGCCCAGGGAGGAGCUCACCUGUUCUCCACAUCACCACCGUCUACCUGCCUCCUCAGAGACCAGUCAGCCCCGCAGCCCCGUCCACCUGACUGACCAGCUGACGGGCCUCACCAAACAGCAGUGUCUCAGCUCUAAAGCCUGGAGUCCGGAGACUUUGAAGGAGUGUUGCGUGUUCCUCAAGAAGAUCAACUCCCCCGACACAGAGUCCACCGCUGAGGAGGAGUGGGACGUCUGCACCGUCAAUCUAGACGACGCGUACUGCCCCGACGGGACCAGACGGGAGGAGAGGAGGGACGGGGAGGGCAGAGCUGGGAAAACGGAGAGAAGGAAGAGGAGAGUUCCCUGGAAGGAGUCUAGCGGCUCGGCGCAGGAGGUUCAGGAGCACAACCGGGUCCGAGCCGGGAAGAGGAGAGGCAAACGCAACAAUUCUGGGAACGCCACGAGCCAAUCACCAACCCCGCCACCGGCGAAAGUAAUGAGAAAAUCGCGUGGGAGGGGCCUGACCGGGCCGUGGUGGCGCGACUUUAUACUGGGUAAUGACUUUACUUCCUGUUGUUGUUUUUUGUAUACAUUCUGACAGUCAGGUAGCCAAUAGUAUGCCGAAGUAUCCUUCAUCUGGAGCCGUGCAUACGUUGUACGGUUAUAGAUGAUUGCUUAUCACAAACAUUCCUCUCUCUCUCCCCCUCUUUCUCUCUGCAGGAACCUGACUGUCCCCCCCAUCCGUCUCCAGAGUGACUGUAUGGUAACCGUGGUGAUGCUCCUCCCUCCGUCUCCAUGGCGACGGUGUGAACAACUGGGUGCCUUCAGAUUGUCCCUCAGCAUCAUGUAGCAGAAGAGAAAGUUUCACUUAACAAGAAGAAGCUUGAAGUUGCACUAUUUUUUUUUAACUGUUCAGUUUUCCCCCCUGCUUUAAAAACAAAAAACCAAACCGUGGAUAUGUUUGUACAGAAUGUUUGUUUUUAACUUUGACACAUGCUUUUCUUCUGUCUGUCUGAUAACUACCAACCCCUCAGUCCUGUUUUAAUGGGCCUGGAGGCCCGUUGGCAGAGUACACGCUCAGCCAGGCAGCAUCUCCAAGGGCACCCUAUUCCCUAU